AAGAGAAAAUCUUUGGUCCAAAAGAAACCUUCUUUUACUUUAAUAAUUUCGGGGUGGGUUUUCUCACGGAACAGCCAACCACUGCCCAGAAGAGGGUAACGAAGAGUGAGCGAGUUUCAUCUUCUUUUUUGGUACGGGUUCUUCUUAAUUGUCACGAGUUCUUGAUUUUCUCAGCUGGGUCUUCUUUAACUUUCUCGAAUUUUCUUCCUUUUUUGUUCUGAGAUUUCUGGUUUCCGGUCGAUCUGUCAGUACCGGGCGCGAGAUUUUUUCUUUCUGGUGUUCUGUAACUUGUGGGAUAAUGCAGAUUUGGGGCGGUUGGGCUUUAAUCAUGUCUUUAUGAUGUUUUAUUGUUUCGGGGUCGAAUGAUUCCUUUUUGACCGUUGAAAAGAGAUCAGGAAAAAAAAAGCAGGGAAAAAGGAGCAGAAGAGAGUGUGGUGUUACGUUCUUUCUGAGAUAAAGACAUUUUCGGUUGUGAUUUUUCCUUCUGGGAUUUCGUAAAUCAGAGAGCUUUGAAUAUGACUGAGCAAACCCUAAUGAGUUUUCUUUCUUCGCUUUUAGUUCAUUGUCCGCUCAUUGAUGCUAUGUGUCGUAAAGGGUUUUUUCUCAAUGCUGUAAACUAGAGUUGGGGAUUUGGCAUUUUGGGUUUCUUCUCUUUUAUUGUUUAGAGGAAAUCUCCGGCUGCGGGGUUGGCAAAAUUUGUCGGAAAAUGCCGAUGUUUCAGCCGUCGAAGAGGGGUGGGGUUGUUGGAUUUGACGGCGGUGGUGACGGGCAUGUCUUAGAUCUGGACACUGCCGUGAAGGACGGUGUUCUGGGCGGCGUUACCGGCAGUGUCGGCGAUGGAAAGAUUGUUGUCGAUGCGAAAUUGGAUCUGAAGAAGAUGAUUGAGGAGCUGGAUUUGCCCGACAUACCCACUGUGUUCAUUUGUCCGAUCUCUCUCGAGCCGAUGCAAGAUCCAGUGACAUUGUGUACAGGUCAAACCUACGAGAGGUCCAACAUUCUCAAGUGGUUCAGCCUCGGCCACCUGACAUGUCCAACGACAAUGCAGGAGCUCUGGGAUGAUACGGUAACUCCAAACAAGACCCUUCACCAUUUGAUCUGUACAUGGUUUUCUCAGAAGUAUUUGCUGAUGAAGAAGCGGUCUGAGGAUGUCCAAGGAAGGGCAAUCGAGAUUCUGGGCACUCUGAGAAAGGCCAAGGGACAGGCUAGGGUUCAGGCAUUAACCGAGUUGAGGCGAGUCGUUGUGGCUCAUGCCACUGCUAGAAAGACAGUGGUCGAGGAAGGCGGCAUUUCUGUGAUUUCAUCCCUUCUGGGUCCUUUCACCUCUCACGCAGUGGGGUCUGAGGCUGUGGCAAUUCUCGUGAAUCUUGAUCUUGAUUCGGAUUCGAAAUCCGGUCUAAUGCAGCCGGCUAAGGUUUCGUUGAUGGCUGAUAUGUUGAAUGACGGUUUGAUUGAAACCAAGAUCAACUGCACGAAAUUGAUCGGUAGCUUGGUGGAUGAGAAGGGUUUUAGAGCAGAGCUGGUUUCGAGUCACAGUUUGCUGGUUGGAUUGAUGAGGUUAGUGAAGGAUAAGAGGCAGAGAAACGGAGUCAGCCCGGCACUUGGGUUGCUCAAAUCGAUAUCGGGUCAUAAUCAAGUCCGGAACUUGAUUGUUAGCAUUGGAGCAGUUCCUCAACUGGUUGAUCUUUUACCGUCCUUGGACCCCGAGUGUUUAGAGUUAGCCCUCUUUGUAUUGGAUGCUUUGUGUCUGAACCUGGAGGGAAGAGUUGCUCUAAAAGAAUCUGCAAACGCGAUACCGAACACAGUGAGGAUACUGAUGAGGGUUUCGGAGAAUUGCACAAAGCACGCACUUUCAAUUCUGUGGUCAGUCUGCAAACUGGCUCCAGAAGAAUGUUCACCAUUAGCUGUAGAGUUUGGUCUGGCGGCAAAACUCCUCAUGAUCCAGAGUGGGUGUGAUCCCGCCUUGAAGCAGCGGUCUGCUGAGCUACUGAAGCUCUGUAGUCUUAAUUAUUCGGACACCAUGUUUAUUUCCAAGUGCAAGCUUACGAGGACAAUCCAGUAGAGGGGACGGGCCGGAAAGCUUUCGACUUUGGCAUCAAUUGCUCAAACCCCCGUGAGGAAAUCGAUCGAUACCGAUAUCGAUGUAGUGGGGCCGGGCCCUGAUGUAUAUAGGUGAAGAUUUUCAAAUUCUAGCUAUCGGUUCGGUACAAGGGAAGGAAAGGAGGAUCAUAAUGUGGACAGAGGUUGGUUUUAUUGGCAAAUGCUUUUGGAAUAAACUCGGGAAAGCCAACUGUGUAAAUCUGUUGCCUUGGGGAGAGAAAGGGAAAAAAGAUAUCGAAAAUCAUUUCAUUGUUCUCUCAUGGAUCCUUUCUUGGUCGAGGAUUUUGACAUCGUUUUGGCUCUCUCAUUUGCUGUAAGCCUCUUUGACAUUCCAGAUCUCUCAUCCUCUAAAAUGGUCAAUAAUCUAAAAAGUUUGUGGACAUGCGGUUUCUGUGAGCUGUCUCAUGAUGUUAUGUGCUGUGUUUCUUGAAGAUUCAAGCGCUGUUGUUUCGUGGGUUCAUAUCUCAUGGAACAGUGGGGCUGAAUCUGAAUCGGGCUUUGAUUUUUCUUUUUUGGAUGAAAUUGGAAGAUAAGCUAAAGGGGAGGUGGGGGCAUAAAGUCCAACGCAUUGGUCUCAUCUCUUAACUGUUGCACUAUGGAAACAUUGAAAAGAACUCGAGAUUUGACAAGUGAAUGGUUUCCCACUGUCCGCUGAUGUGAAAGCUUCAAGCUUUGCAUCCACAAUGAUUAAUGAGUAAUUUUCUUGUCUGAACGGAAAAAAAUCUGAACAAAUUUACCGAACCUGAGGAAAAGGAGUUCUGAGUUGCAGCAGAAGUUCAAUGGAAGUGAUAACAAGAAGAAAGAUGGGCCUGGGCUCAUCAUUGGGCUUUUUAAGGCCCAAUAUUUUAAAACAAACGACGUCGCAGAAAGGGGUGAAGGAUGGAAACGGUGUCGUUUAAUUGGCUUAGAUUUAUAACGUAUUUAAGAAAGAAAAUGUCUCCUUUUAUCUUGAUCGCAACUUAUGAGAGAUCCAGAAAUGGCGUGGCUUGCGAGAUCCAUAGCGAACUCUCUCAAGCUCGAUGACGAUGAGGAAGAUGAGAAACAACGGAUUAAGAUCGCCUCCGGUGAAGAUUCCGGCGGGGAUCAACCGCCAUCGCCGUCACAGUCACAGCCUCCCCGCCGUGUGAAGGAGGACCUCUCUGAGCUCACCAAGACCCUGCGAAGCCAGUUCUGGGGCGUGGCUUCUUUUCUCGCGCCUCCUUCCGCUUCUUUUGAUCGUCCUGAACAAAGUUAGACGCCGGACCAUGUGGAGGGGAAUCGGACUUGUUCGGAUGACGAGGGAAGAGAAGAGGAUAUGAUAGCUGGGAUCAAGAACGAUUUCGCGGAGAUUGGCGGGAGAUUCAAGACGGGGAUAUCGAAGAUCUCCGGAAACAUCGCGGUCUCAGAGUUCACAAAGAUCGCUUCGAAUUUCCUACAGUUGGGAUCGGACGAGGCAAACUCGGAGGAGCAUAGCGUUGGAGAUGCCGUCGGUGUAACCGAGGAAGUGAUCGCCUUCGCGAGGGAUAUAGCGAUGCAUCCUGAGAACUUGGUUGGAUUUCCCCUUGCCUGACGAGGAUGAUAACUUUGACGAUUUUGAAACGGCGGAUGCUCAACAAGAACAUGCUCUGGCUGUAGAAAGAUUGGCACCGGCAUUCUGUUCUGAGGAUUGAACUUUGCCCAGCUUAUAUGAGUGAAGGCUGCUUCUGGAGAAUAUACUUUGUACUUCUCCAUCCUAAACUAACUAAACACGAUGCCUUGCUUCUCUCAACUCCUCAGGUACUCGAAGCAAGAGCACUUCUAUCCCACGAGUUGAAGACAAGAACCAGGACGACAUCGCUGUCAGAGAAUUCAGGAUCGACUGUCACAGAAGCUCCGAUGAAUGUGGAACCACUUUCUGCGCCAGUUCCACUCAAAACCGUUACUGCAGAAGAGACAACAACCCAUUAUUCUCUGGAGCUGUCACCUGACUUGGAAACAGAGAAGCACCCAGUAGAGAUCAAGGAGAUACGAGUAGUGGACAAGCCUGUAAUCGAGGAAAGACCGAUCCACCAUGAUAAGCCACUGAACCCAUCUGGGGUUGUAAUAGAUGUCCAAGUUGAGGACGAAACAGAUGAUUGACUCAAAGAUGAAGAAGACAUUUCUGGAUCCAUCACUAGCACCAACAGAAGCGCAAUGGCGCUUGGCAAACGACGAAGAUGUGCCCUUCAGUGAUCUUGAAGAGGAAGACGAAGGAGAUAUGCCCGCAUCGAAUAAGAAAGCGGCGGCGGCAACUAGGUCUGCGACACGUGGCGCUACGACAGGACAGGUUAGUAAGAACAAAGAAUCAAAUGAAUGGCUUGAUGUCGUCGAUGACAUUGAUGUGGUGUGGCCUAAUGCUUUCACUUUCUCAUUCAAUUUAUCCUUUCGCAUUUUUUUCCGUUAAAAUCUUAGCUGUGAAUAGUCAGUCUUGUAUAAUGUUUUUUCUGAUCGCGCAUGGCUGUGUAUAUUUUUUUUUUUUAUAAAAAAAGUCGUAAUAUGUUGAUAACGACA